AUGGACACCCCAGGCGGGCAGAGCCUGCACCACAAAGACUCCCAAGCGACGCUCAUCUCCCUCCUCCAGCUCGACCCGUCGCCCAUGGACUCGCCGUCGCCCUCUGCCGCCGACAAGCAGAGCAGCCUCCCCGCCGGCCAAGACACCACAUCACAAAACGAAGGCGGAGAUAGCUCAAUACGCAGCGGCUCGGCCGGCACAACCAGCCAUCUGGGCCUGAGCAGCGGCCGCAGCGCCAUAUACUACUUGACGCGGGUGCAGAGAUACUCGUCCUACGCAACGGGCGUCUUCACGGCCCUCCACCUCGCCAACGUGUCCCUGAUACCCGCGGUGACGCGGUCCGUCGCCGGCUCCGAGACAUACCUCCUCAUGACGCGCGAGAUCUACCAGACGUCCGUUGCCGAGCCCGUGCUCGUCGCGCUCCCUGUCGUGCUGCACGUCGGCGCCGGCCUGGCCCUGCGCCUGUUGCGGCGGUGGCAGAACAUGGAGCGCUACGGGGGCGGCACGCCGGGCAUGUACGCGCUGCACAGGAUGCGGGAGGCGCUGUCGGGCAAGGGCGCCGGCGGCGCGGUGCGCCUGUGGCCGCCGUUGACGUACAUUUCCUUGUCUGGGUAUGCGCUGGCGCUAUUCUACGGGGCACACGUCUUCAUGAACAGGGUGGUGCCGCUCGCCGUCGAGGGGGACAGCUCCAACAUUGGGCUGGCGUAUGUCGCGCACGGCUUUGCCAGGCACCCCGUCACGUCGAGGCUCGCGUACCUCGGGCUGUUGGCCACGGCGAGCGGGCACAUGGUCUGGGGGCUGGCACGGUGGUUCGGCAUGGCGCCGUCGACAGAGGGCUGGAGAGGCAGGGGGAGCGUGGCCGUGGACAAGAAGACGAGGACACAGCGGAGGAGGAAGUGGUUGAGUGUUCACGGAGUCGCUGCUGGGCUUGCGGCCUUGUGGGCGAUAGGGGGGCUAGGAGUUGUGGCAAGGGGGGGAUUGGCGGACGGCUGGGUGGGAAAGGUGUAUGAUGGGCUGUUUGCGAGCGUGGGCAUGUGA